UCAGCAUGUGACUUCUGUCUGGAAGCACCACCAAAAUACAAAUGCCCUAAAUGUUUUCACAACUAUUGCUCCACCAAGUGUUAUCAAUCUGAAAAACAUAUUAAAUGUUCUGAGAGCUUUUACAGGGAUUGCUGUUUAGAAGGCUUAAAAAGUAAAUCCAAAAUAGAUAAUCCAAAUAAAAUGAAAUCAAUUUUAAACAGACAUAAAUUGGAGAAUGAAUUGGAACUUGGCAAUGAUGAACAGGAAAGUCAUAUUGAUGAAGCUUUUGCAAAUUUAAAUUUAGAUGUUGGAAGCAAACGUUUUUGGGAUGAAUUAGAUUAUGAAGAGAAAUUAGAGUUCUUACAUCUACAGCUAACGAAUAGUUUAUCUUCAUUGAUUGAUGUGUGGAACCCAUGGUGGAUGGAGGUCUUACCAGAACAUAUUGAAGAUGAAACUGUCAUAAAUGCUUUAUUAGAAAAAUUGCCAAAACUUCAUGAUAUUUCAUCUAUGAAUGAUUCAACAAUGGGCAGAUCAUCUCAUUGUAUCGUCUUCAAUUUGAUAAACAUCAUUUACGGCUACGCUUAUAUAUCAAAAUUGUUCAAUGGAGAUUGGAAAGAUUUGUUGCUUGACUCAGUCCAUGGUUUCAUUUGCAUUUCCUCUUCACUACAAGAUACCGUUUUUACUGAUGUGUCUACCGCUCUCCAA